UGCUGUCUGCCUGAUGCGUUUGUUGCCGGAAGUAAAUCCUCGCUUGUCGGGGAAACAAGUAUAACGUGUGAGGAUUGUUUGAGCUUUUAUGAGAUACAAAAUUAAUUUUAAGAAAACUUUAAUUUUUAAGCAGCCAUUCGUGAAUUAAAGCGGAGAUGGGGAAAAAAGGAAAGAAAGAGAAGAAGGUAAAGGGAGCGGAGAAAACGGCGGCCAAAAUGGAGAAAAAAGUCUCAAAGAGGUCCAAAAGAGAAGAGGAGGAUCUGGAGGCUCUGAUCGCCGAGUUUCAGACUCUGGAUGCGAAGAAGACGCAGGUCGUGGAGACGAGCUGCCCCCCAUCACCGAGGCUGAACGCGUCAUUUUCUGCUCAUCCCGAGAAAGAUGAACUCAUAAUGUUUGGAGGAGAAUAUUUUAAUGGAAAGAAGACAUAUCUCUACAAUGAUUUAUUUUUCUACAACAUUAAGAAGAACAGUUGGGUUAAACUGGAGAUUCCCAACCCUCCUCCUCCUCGCUGCUCUCACCAGGCGGUGGUGGUCCCUCAGGGUGGAGGCCAGCUCUGGGUGUUCGGGGGGGAGUUUGCCUCUCCAAACGGGGAGCAGUUCUACCACUACAAGGACCUUUGGGUGCUGCACCUGGCUACACACACGUGGGAAAACAUCAAAGUGCCCGGUGGUCCGUCAGGCCGCAGCGGGCACCGGAUGGUCCUCAGCAAGCGGCAGCUGCUGGUGUUUGGAGGUUUCCAUGAGAGCACGAGGGAUUUUAUCUACUACAACGACAUCUACGCCUUCUCUCUGGACUCGUUCUCCUGGUCGCGCCUCGCUCCGUCAGGCUCCGCCCCUUGCCCACGUUCUGCCUGUCAGAUGACUUCCACACCUGACGGCACAGGCGUCAUCAUCUAUGGAGGAUACUCUAAAGUGCGAGUGAAGAAGGACGUGGAGAAGGGCACCAUCCACACGGACAUGUUCCUCCUGAAGAGAGACGGCAAAGAUGGCCAAGAGAGGUGGUCGUGGUCCAGACUGAACCCGUCUGGUAAUAAGCCCCCUCCUCGCUCCGGGUUCUCUCUGGCCGUGGGUCCGGCAGGCCGGGCGGUGCUGUUUGGUGGGGUCUGUGAUGAGGAAGAUGAGGAGACGCUGGAGGGGGACUUCUACAAUGACCUCUUCCUGUACGACACGGCGAAGAACCGCUGGUUCCCCGGGGUGCUCAGGGGAACCAAAACAGAGAAGAAGAAACGGAGGAAAGGGAGGAAGGGGGGAGCCGAGGGCGAGGAAGAUGAAAGGAAUAAAGAGGAAGAGGCAGAACCUCAAGGACCGACGGAGGUCAUCAAGGAGGUCGUCACUGAGGACGGCACCGUGAUGAUCAUCAAGGAAGCGAUCCGAGGUCCUGAGGAGGAGGAGGACGAGGAGGAAGAAGACGAAGAAGAGGAAGAAGGUUCUGCCUCGGCACCAAUGGUGGAGCCCUGCCCGAGAUCCAGCGCCAUGGCAACGGUCCGUCAGGGGAAACUCUACCUGUACGGAGGGAUGUUCGAGGUGGGGGACCGCCAGUUCACCCUGAGUGACUUCUACUGCCUGGACCUGCACAAGAUGGAUCAGUGGGAGGUUCUGAUUGAAAUGGACCCGAAGACGCAGGAGUGGCUGGAAGAGUCUGAGUCAGAGGAGGAGGAAGAGACCAAAGGAGCGCAAGGAGAGGAAGAGGAUUCUGAGGAAGACAGCGAGGAAGAGGAAGAUGAUGACGAGGAGGAGGAGGAGCACCCCGCCGUGCAGGAAGGAGAGACGGUGACGGCCUACCAGAACCGCACAGAGCAGCACUGGAUCGGACUCGCACGUGUCAACAUGGGUUCGGACGCCAAGCACAAAAAAAUAGCCAAGGUGGCGCUCGCCAUGGCUCAAGUCUUCUAUGAAGACACCGGAGACGUCUGAGAGACCAGGACGAGGACAAACCGAAGACAGAGGACGAGGACAAACCGAAGACAAGAGGGGACAUGAGGAGUAUUUGAGGAAGACAUAACCAGCAGGGGGUGAUGGACGGAGGAGACGAGAGCAGAGACAUCCUCGGUUUGAUCCGUCCGUGACCCAUUUUAUCCUCCGUCAGAACGCUGAGCGAGGGAUGAGAAGAGGCUGAUGAAUAAUACAGAGGAUGGAUGGGAACGAGGCUCGUCUUGUCUCCUGCAACCUUGUUUGAUUUCAGCGACGGGACAAAAAGACUUGUGAAU